AUGCAUUUCUUGACUAUAUAUCCCAACUGCAGCUGCAGAUUUGUCAGAGUGCUGAGCCCAGCUCAGAGGAAGGACGCUCUUGGACUUGGCGAUUCAGGAAUUGAGAACUUGGGACGAUUUUGUCACUCUGACCCCCGCUGUGUGAGCAGUGCUUCAAUGCUGAAGAUGGAGCCUCUGAACAGCACCCACGCCAGCACCGCCGCUUCCAGCAGCCCCCGUGAGUCCCAUGUGCCCGGCAGUGGCAGCAGCAACGGUAACGAAUAUUUCUACAUCCUGGUAGUCAUGUCCUUCUAUGGCGUUUUCUUGAUUGGCAUCAUGCUGGGCUACAUGAAAUCCAAGCGGCGGGAGAAGAAGUCCAGUCUGCUGCUGCUGUACAAGGACGAGGAGCGGCUCUGGGGCGAGGCCAUGAAGCCACUGCCCAUGGUUACGGGUCUGAGGUCGGUGCAGGUGCCCAUGAUGUUGAACAUGUUGCAGGAGAGCGUGGUGCCUGCCCUGUCCUGCACCCUCUGCUCCAUGGAAGGGGACAGCGUCAGCUCUGAGUCCUCCACUCCCGACGUGCACCUGACCAUCCAGGAAGAGGGGGCGGAUGAUGAGCUGGGGGAGACUUCAGAGACGCCCCUCAAUGAAAGUAGCGAAGGCUCCUCGGAGAACAUCCACCAGAAUUCCUAG